AUGCCGGCCCCCCGUAAAUUCCUCCUGGCGUCCACGACGCUGCCCCUGCAGCUGGACUGGGGAUGGAACGUGAGCGUGUACCUGGCGAUGCUGCUGGGGCUGCUGGGGCUCAUCAUGCUUCUGCUGUGGAUGCUCAUCAAGCAGCUGCGCCACUCGGUGGGCAAAGCCACGCUGCAGCUGGCCAGAUCCUUCCGACAGCUCCCCGCCAACACUUCCAACGCCGCCGCUGCCGCCGCCUCGGCUCAGGAGCUCCGGCAUGCAUACCGAGGCAGCGUCCGACCUUUUGUUAACUUCGACGCCAAACACGACGCAGAGAUCCUCCACCGAGCCAUGAAAGGACUCGGCACAGAUGAAGACGUGGUCCUGAUGUUGCUGGCGGCGCGCAGCAACGAUCAGCGGCAGCAAAUAAAAGCGGCGUACAAAACGGCCUACGGAAAGGAUCUGGUCGGCGCUCUCAAGUCGGAGCUGGGAGGUCUGUUCGAGCGUCUCGUCGUGGCCCUGAUGACUCCGCCCGUCUUGUACGAUGCCACGCUGCUGCACAAGGCCAUCAAGGGUGUCGGGACUGAUGACGACGUGCUGAUUGAGAUCUUGGCCUCCAGGAGUGGACCGCGCCUUCGAGACGUCGAUAUGGUCUACAAGCGAGAGUUUGGAAACAAGCUGGAGAAAGACAUCUGCAGCGACACCUCAGGUUACUACCAGAGGCUGCUGGUCAUCCUGCUGCAGGGAAGCAGGGAGGAGGGAGUCAACGAGGCAAACAUCGAGAAAGAUGCCAAGGACUUGUAUGCGGCGGGCGUGGGCAAGUUCGGAACAGAUGAGGAGAAAUUCAUCAACAUUCUUGGAAACAGGAGCGCAGAACAUCUCCGUAAAGUGUUCGCUGCGUACAGAAAGUUGUGUGCUUCCGACAUCGAGGACAGCGUUGAAGGCGAGACCACAGGAAAUCUGGAGAAUUUGCUGCUCGCCGUCGUGAAAUGCACCCGGCACCUUCCGUCUUUUUUUGCUGAGUCGCUGUACAAAUCAAUGAGGCGCGCAGGGACGGACGACGACACCCUGAUGAGGAUCGCGGUGUCCAGGAGCGAGGAGGACAUGCUAGACAUCGCCGCGUGCUUCAAGGACCGGUACGGCGCCUCGCUCCACGAUGCCGUACAAGAGGAUACAUCAGGUGCCUACCAGAAGUGUUUGCUUUAUCUUUGCGGCCCCAAAAAUUGACGCCGCGCCUCGAAGACGACCUCCUCCUCGCCGCAACGCCGGCGAUUGUCAUGUCACCAUCGCCUGUUGUUGUUGUGAUUGAUUCCGUUCGUGUGAUUGCCUUGGGUGUCAUGUCUGGCUUGGAAGAAAAUAGAUCACAAAACUUUGUGGCGCGUAGUUUUCUUUCUUUCAAGAGUCGUAGAAGGCACGUCAAGCUCUCGUUACAAACA